AUGUUUUUCUUUCUAAGUUCUCUUAUCAGAGCAAAGCAAAUUGGUUUAUCGUUAGGGGAUAGCUAUGUUGCUCUCUCACGCGAUGAGUAUACUACAAUUUCUGUUCCACAACCUCAAAAUUCAGAGAUUCAAUACGAUGUUUACUUAGUUUUACAUAAUCCAGAGAAUUUUGAGAUCAAAUCUGAUAAACAUCCUGCACAAAUAUACAAAAAUGUUCAAUCUCUUGAUAUCAAAGCUGAUUACCACGCCUAUCCAGAUCUUUAUUAUACAGUUUUCUAUGUUAUCAAGGAUUACUGCAAAUCCGUCGAUGUAGCAUUGAAUGUUAAAGAUCAAAUCGUUAUUGGCUCUGACGGAAACGUUCCAAUUAAAGCAGGAGAAACAAGAUGUCUUCUUUCGGCAACAGCUGUUCAAGUUACUUACACAUUCAUGUCUUCCAAUCUCAAUGAUGAUAGUGUUUUUUCUGUUUCUACUCCAGAAAUGACAAUAAAUUCAAAUAAUACGGUUGAUCCUUCCUUUGUUGGAGGAAGUAUGAUCUUAUCUCUUAAAUUAGGCGAAAAUUCUACAAAUGGCAAAGCUGGCAUCACUAAAGUCGUUGAUAAUAAAAAGUAUCCUUCAGAUUACAAAUUCUCCAAGGGAUUUUAUCAUCAUUCUUCAGAUGUUUCGGCGAUAUCCGAAAGUAAAGUAGCAGUUGAGAUCGAUGAUGAUACAGAUGACGACGAUGACUCACCUUCUCCAGAAGAUGAAUAUGAUUACCACGAAACAUCAGAUGAUGAGUACGAUGAUGAUGAAUGGGAAACAGAAAGUUGCUCUUCAACCUCUUAUAAUGAUGAUUCCCUUUCAAUUGCAAAGAAACCAAAUUGUUAUGCUUUUGCAAAGAAUACAAUGGUUUUGUUGCAUCCAAAGAUGGAAGAUAUAUCAUCUAUUAAAGCUGUUACUGAUAUGGGUCAGAAAUCUCAUCAUUCCGUUCUUGGAAAAUCUCAUAAAUUUGCCAUCAACUUUGAUAAAGAAGGAAAACUCAAACUAAAAUCACCAAAUGUUUCCUCAAUAAAGAUGACGGCGUUUAAUUAUGGAAAUCUUGCUGAUAAAUGCAAACAAUUUUAUUAUCAAUCAGGACCAAACGUUUACUACGCUUCAACAGCAGAAGCUAAGACAAACAACUUAACUAUCACUUCUAAUAUGCAGUCCUGCAUCUUCUUUUCAAUAGUUAAUGAAUAUCAAGUCAAAUCUUCUGUUGAAUCUAAAGGAGACAUAACAACACAUAUCUACAAUACUGCAGGAGAAGAAAUAUCUGUAGCAAAUGUUUCCCAUCUGAAUUCAUUUGUUGUUUCAUUUGAAACAAAGGAACCAAAAGAAGCAUCAUUACUAGUUAAAAUGGAACUUCCUCUUGGCGAGAAAUAUAAAUAUUUCCAAUCUAGUUCUAAACAUUACGACAUCACAGAUUCAUCAGACUCUGCAAAUGGAAAGAAGAGGAAUUGGAAUCUACUUAUGAUUCUUUGCAUAGUUUUUGCUUGCCUUAUUGUUAUUGGAGGAAUUGCUAUUGCUUUCCUCAUCUACAGGCGAAAGAAAGGAUCUUCAAAAGAUGCAUACUUCGCUGUUGAUGUCAAAGAUGAUGAUGAAGUUAAUAUUUAA